ACUGUGGUUCCCUGGACGCCCCCUCCAAUGGAGCAGUGGACACAUCCUCUGGAACCACCUUCAUGAUGACUGCUACCUACACCUGUAACCCUGGAUACACUCUGACUGGCGGAGAUAUGAUCAGAACAUGUCAAGUUAAUGGAAUGUGGAGCUAGUGACCCUGCCUGUGAAUUCAUUGUCCUGUCCAUUGGAGGCACUGUCUACAAUAACAACACAGCUCUGUCCUUCUCCCUCAUUGGAGAGGGCUCCUCUGCCCUCACCUGUCACACUGAGCUAUCCACUUGCUGCAGGGAACAAGAUGACCUCAAUGGAGGGGCUCUCGGAGGGUGGAGAGGACCAGAUGGGGUCAGUGUACCUUCAGAGGCUAACUUUGGAACAACAGCUGAGGGAUUCUAUGUAACUAGAGGCAACAGCACUAUCAGCCUGAAUCGACGAGGCAAUGUUACAUUUGCAGGAGGUCUCUACUGCUGCACUAUCCCCAGAGCUAGUGGUGCCAAUAGAAUAUUCUGUGUGAAUGUGCAAGCUCCUACUCCUUCACCAGGGCCUGGUGGUGGUGAUGGUGGUGAUGUUGGGCCUAUAGUCGGUGGUGUCAUUGUUGCUGUGAUAGCCAUUGUGGGGAUAGUAGUGGGCAUCAUUGUGGCAGUCAUCUUUGUCAGGCGUAUGAGACAGAAUAGGCUCAAGUAUGCCCCUGUGCUGAAAGGAAGAACUCUGACCUCUGAUACUCCUGCUAAACCAGCUCCCUACACUCACUACACUAGGGACAGAAGAGAUGAUGGUGCAGUAGCUCUGAGUAGUGUGCUCACUCCUAAAGACACAGAGCCUAGUAUAGUAGAGUUUCCUAGUGAUACUCAUGUGACGGAGGGGGAGGAGGUGUAUCUGAGGGUGAUGGUGGGAGGUCACCCUCCACCCAGUCUCACCUGGUACCACGAUGGUAGGAAGGUAACUGCAGACUAUGCCACAGAACUGGACCAGGACGGUGGAAUAUCCUUCCCUUGUGUGGAGACUAAGCAUGCUGGUAACUACAAGCUUGCUGCUGUCAAUAACUCUGGAUCCAUUGAGAAGCAAGUACACCUCUCUGUUAGGGGUGAGAAUGAAGAGCCUCCCCCUGUCAAUAAGAACAUUGACUUGGGACCAUUACCAGUGGAGCAGCUUGGUGUGUUUGUGAGUGAUCUGCAUGCCAAUGGAAACCUCAAGUUCAAAGAUGCUUACAAGACAUUGGACAAUGGUGAGAAGGGACAUGAUGUGAUCGUGGCAAAGAUACCUGAGAACAAGCUGUGCAAUAGAUUCGGGAACAUUGCCGUGUAUGAUGACAACCGUGUUGUGUUGCAACCCAUCCCUGGACAAGAGGACUGUCAGAGUGACUACAUCAAUGCCUGCUAUGUAGACGGCUACCAAGCACCCAGGAAGUUCAUUGCCACACAAGGUCCUACACCUCGCACUGUGGUGGACUUCUGGCGGCUCAUGUGGCAGGAGAGACCACCCAUAAUAGUCAUGCUCACCAACCUUAAGGAGGGGAACAAGGUCAAGUGUCAACCAUACUGGCCAGAGUCUGGGAAGAAGCAGUUUGGACCAUUCACAGUGGCCAUUACAGAACAGCAGAUCUUUGCUGACUACACCGUCAGGACCCUCAAAGUCACUAUUAAAGGAGACAGGAAGUUCCUCAAGACCACUCAGUUUCACUUCACAACGUGGCCUGAUCAUGGUGUGCCUGACUAUGCCACGCCCAUUCUUGCAUUCCAUCGUCGAGUCAAGUCUCAGCACAAGCCAUCGAAAGGUCCUAUUCUGAUCCACUGCAGUGCUGGUGUGGGACGCACAGGCACUUACAUUGCCAUUGAUAAUGUCCUUGAUCAGAUCUCAGCCGAGGGUAUCGUUGAUAUUUCUGGUACCGUUGUCAGAGCUCGCAACCAGAGGAUGAAAAUGGUCCAGACUCAAGACCAAUAUGUGUUCAUCCACGAUGCUAUCCUGGAGUCAGUGACGUGUGGAGACACUCAGAUCAGUGCUGGAGAUCUGCGCAGACAGAUACUGAAUAUGUCAUCAGUGGCCCCAGGAAAAACCGUCUCUGGAUUCCAAUACCAGUUCCAAAUUCUGGAACAAGUAUCUCCAAAUCCUAACGAGAUCAACAGCAGUGCUGCCCUCGAAUCGAUGGACAAGAACAGGGGGAAAAAAUACUUGCCAGCUGACAAUAGUCGUGUGGGAGAGCAACCUGACUACAUUCAUGCUGUGUUUGCUCAUGGCUACAAGCACCAGAAGGCAUACAUCAUUGCCCAGAAUCCACUGGACUCAACUGUGCGUAACUUCUGGAAGGUGAUCUAUUCUAGGAAGUGUGCGGCUGUUGUGAUGUUGACUCCACUCAGUGAGAAUGGGCAGGAGGCAUGCUCCCAGUACUGGCCAGAGAGUGGCAAUGUCAUCUCCUUCGGUGAGUUCACCAUCGAUAACUUGGGGGAGGAAACCAACACUGGGUUUGUUAUGAGGCAACUGAGCGUCCUCAAUGAAAAGACCCAAAAGGCCCUUCAAGUGAUCCAGUUCCACAUCACUAACUGGAAUAGCAGUGGAAAGUGUGAGAACCUCAAGACUGUAACUGACGUCAAUGAGGAGGUUAUAAAGGUUCAAAGGAGGACUGGAAACAAGGCGAUUGUGGUCCACUGCAGUGACACUGCGACCCGCUCUGGUAUGUACUGCUCUGUAGCUACUACCAUUGACCGUUGCAAGACAGAGGGAGUGGUGGAUGUGUUCCAGGUGGUCAAGGCUCUCAGGGUCCACAAGCCAGGGGCAGUACCCUCAGUCGACAACUACAAGGAUGUUUUCGAGGCCUUGUUGGUCUACUUGGACUCCUUCGAUACUUACGCAAACUUUUAAUGCGAAUGUAUAAGUGCAUGUUUGUGUUGAAGUUAGACAUAGGAUUUUGAUUAUUGCCACUUUUUUUAAUGUCUUUUAACUACUUGUCAUCUCUGUGUGAUGAAUUUUCUGUGCGAUGAUUGAGUGAGGGUCUUCGAACUAAAAUCACCAAUUAACCGUAUUAAGACUGUAUAAUACAGCAGAGGUUCAAAA